AUGGAACCCCUUCCGAACGGCAAUUCCACCGUCACCAACGCCACCACGGCGUCAGCCACGGCCACAUCCCUCCCAUCACUUCACGCCGGAGUUCCGUCUUCCAAACUCAGCCAACUGACCGAGUCCUUGAAACUAGAACAUCAGUUCCUAAGAGUCCCAUUUGAACACUACAAGAAGACGAUCCGUGCCAACCACCGGGCUGUCGAGAAAGAGGUCUCAGCCGUCAUGUCUGGUCUAUCAGAUGCCGGUGAUCUUUCCCAAGACGAUGCCGUGCAACAUCUCAAUUCUCUCGUCUCUAGAUUACAAGGUCUCAAGCGGAAGUUGGAAGAUGGGAGUCGGGCUGAGAAUCUUCAAGCGCAGCGGUGUAGGGCCCGACUUGAUCAUUUGGAAUCUGCUGAUGCGGACAAUAUAUCAGAGUGGAAUAAUACGCGGUUGAAGCGAAUACUGGUGGACUAUAUGUUGCGCAUGUCGUACUAUGACACUGCCACAAAGCUUGCUGAAAGCAGUAGCAUACAGGAUCUUGUUGAUAUUGAAAUCUUUUAUGAAGCCAAAAAAGUUAUUGAUGCUCUACGGAAUAAGGAGGUAGCUCCUGCUCUAGCUUGGUGUGCUGAUAACAAGUCUAGGCUUAAGAAGGCCAAGAGCAAAUUUGAGUUUCAGUUGAGACUUCAGGAGUUCAUUGAAUUGGUACGCAGUGACAACAAUGUUCGGGCUGUUAUGUAUGCCCGAAAGUACCUUGCACCAUGGGCAGCUACUUAUAUGAAAGAGCUUCAGAAAGUUUUUGCCACACUGGCGUUUACAAGUAAUACUGGAUGUGAGAUAUACAAGGUUUUAUUUGAACCAAAGCAAUGGGAUUACUUAAUGGAUCAAUUCAAACAGGAGUUUUGUAGGUUAUACGGCAUGACUCUGGAGCCUUUGUUGAAUAUUUAUCUCCAAGCGGGUUUGUCGGCUCUGAAAACUCCAUUCUGUUAUGAGGAUGAUUGUACAAAAGAGGAUCCUCUGUCUCAAGAAAGCUUCCGUAAACUUGCAAUGCCAUUGCCCUUCUCAAAGCAGCAUCAUUCAAAACUUGUCUGCUAUAUAACGAAAGAGCUAAUGGAUACAGAGAACCCACCACUUGUCUUACCAAAUGGCUAUGUUUACAGCACCAAGGCUCUUGAAGAAAUGGCAACUAACAAUAAUGGCAAAAUCACUUGCCCAAGAACAGGUUUGGUUUACAACUAUACUGAAGUCACCAAAGCAUACAUCUCAUAAUAUUUGAGAGGGGUAUCAUUUCUUGUUAAAAUAUGCAUCCAAGCCUCACAACACCAAAUGCAUAUAUUAUAUAUAAUAUAUAAAUAUGCUGCUAAAUGCUAAUCACCUUUCCGUGUUUGUAAUUGUUGUUUGUACCUAAACCAACUACAAAACUUCCCCUUCAUUGGAAAAACAUUUAUUUCAAUGUCCAAAUGUACAGUUGUGCCAAUUUGCUGAAAAGGAAACAUUUUCUUGUUUGA